CGAGUCGACAAACGCAGGCAGCGAGAAGGUCAUACUCAUCAACCCUUCAUCUUCUCCGGGAUCCAAGCCGGCCAGCUGCAAGGCAGAGCCCUUUCACUCCCUGUUCAAUUCUCGCCUGUCGUUCAGAUACCCUUGAUGUUUUGGAUUCUCUCUUGCUCCUCCUAGACGUCCACGCGAUCUCGUCCCAAUCCAAGACCGUUCUCACCUUCGUCAUCUCUCCACUGCCUCCGCAACCAUGAAAACGCCAGUUUACUCCCUCUUGCCGCUCCUCCUGUCGCUAUCACAUCUAGCCGCCUCUGUAUCAAUAGACUGCCAACAUAUCCGGGUCGACGGCAAGAAGUUUGACCUAUCGAAGCUCGCGGGUCGUCAUUCCGUCAAUGUCCACGACACCUCUAGACCACCUGCGGAAUAUAACACCACAUGGACGAUUGACCUUUGUGCGCCAUUAAAGAAGCUUGAGGGCAUAAGAGACCAAGAUCAAUGUCCGCAUGGAACACGAGUAUGCGGCGUCGUCAGAUCCUGGAACCCUGCCGACGACCCGGAGAAGAAACACGUCGAAGUCGAGAACGUGAUUCCUGUCGCAGGAAACUUCGAGUCCAGCACGGGUGCAAGUCUAGACCCCAAGGUGUCGAGACUGAAAGCGCAGGAUGCGAACUCGGACGGCCUCCAGAUUGAAUUCAACGGUGGCAACUACAACCACAUGAAGCAAAAAGCCGUGGUCCAGUUAACAUGCGACAAGGACCGGACGGGCAACGAAGAGAAGAGGAAGCGAAGCCUGAAGCAGAAGCGCGACGGCGAGGAUUCCGAAAAAGACAAGGACAAGGACAAGGACGAACAACCAAGCACGCCCAGCCUGACAUUCGUGAGCUACGGCCAGGUCGAAGGAAAGGAUAAGAUGGAGGUUCUCAGACUCAAUUGGCGGACAAAGUACGCCUGCGAGGACUACGCCGACAGCGACGAGGCGAGGAAGAGCGGUUGGGGUUUCUUCACCUGGUUUAUUCUGAUCGCCUUCUUGGGCAUCGCCGCCUACCUCAUUUUCGGCUCGUGGCUGAACUACAACCGCUACGGCGCUCGUGGCUGGGACCUGCUGCCGCACGGGGACACGAUUCGCGACAUCCCCUACCUCUUCAAAGACUGGUCCAGGAAAGUGAUUGACACCGUGUCAGGAGGAGGCUCUAGAGGCGGGUAUAGUGCUGUAUAAUCAAGAUAGUCUUUUUUUGUUAAACCUUGGUCGGGUUUUGGAGGCUUUUUGCCCAGGCCCUUCUGUCUAUGGGAGCACUGCCAGUUUUUAUGGCUAUGUGUGAGGCUCCAUCAAAUCGGGGACCUGAAAUAGGGGACUGAGAACACCUCUGUAGAAAUAAGCGAAAGACUGGGUACGGAACUUGAGGGAGAAGGGCCUCUCUCGCAUAGCGCGGCGCAUGAAUUUGGAGAGUUUUUAAUAUGUAUUCCUUCAGUACCUAGCCUGGAGUCGAUUCGUCAAACGCUUCGACUUUCCCCAGAGUCAUGCGCAUCUAGCCUCCGUAACCCUGAUACUCUCGCG